AAAAGUUCAAUCCAGCGAGAAGGAUGGAUAAGUGGCCGGUGUCUCGGUUGCAACAACACAAGAGCUGCCGGAGGCGACUUUUGGAGGUGGCCACCAAAAAACGGGGAGGCUGCCCAGCACCACUCGGCUAACCUGUUGCAACGUGGAGUACACCGGCACUCGGAGGCGCCAACAUGUGCUGGCAUGAAGCGGCCUGCUGCGACAAACCACCGCCUACCAUACCCUCGGCGCGCGUGACAAGCGACCGGGCCAGGGAAUAGGCCACUGAGCCGCGAUCGACAAUCCACAAGCUUUACCGUUGUUGUUGCCGUUGUUGUUGUUAUUGUUGCUGUUGUUGUUGUUGCCGUAGCUGCCGUGCGCGUGAUUUGAUUGAGGACGUCACGCUGGGUCCUGCCGAGCUACCAUAGACAUGCUUAGCCCGAAGAUGCAAAGGACUGAUCUAUUCUGUUUCGUAGUGCGGGUGAACGAGGCUCAGCUGAUCAUGCUGUCGGAGAGGGCUCACUACGACCACACGAUGGCUGGCUACCUGCACAAGCGUACCUCGGAUUCAAACAAAUGGCAGCUGCGUUGGUUUGUUCUCUAUCAGAAUAUUCUUUUUUAUUACGAGAGCGAGGCAAGCCCGAGACCGAGUGGCAUCAUACUGCUGGAGGGCUGCCACUGCGAUCCCCUCAUUACCGCCAAGGGUAAAGACUCCGACAAGCAGGUUUUUUUCUCCAUAACUUACAAGAAGGAGAACCAGCGUCAGUACGAGUUGAAAACAGCCACGGAGGCGGACUGCAAGAUGUGGAUCAAUGCAAUACAGGGAGCCAGCUUUAAUAAGCUGCUGCUGCAAAAGGAGGAGCUGGAACAAAAGCACUUGCAUCUAUUGCAAAUCGUCGAGAGCGAAAAAACAGCCAAAUGGCAGUACACUCAGCAGUGCGAGGAGCUCACCUCCGAGAUAAAAAAACUCCGGGCUGAGCUAUGCGCUCUGAAAAAGGAGCUCAGGCCAAGCAUGUCGAGCGGACGGUACAGCUUCCAGAGAACAAUGUCACAGUCUCUCGGUGGCGCUGGACCUCCAUUGGGCUUACUCUGCACUGGCACUCCACAGUCGAGCUUCGAGAGCGAGACAGCCUUCAAGAGCAUCUCCGAGGGGAGCAUCGAGAUGCAGAAGAUCAAAAAAGUCCAGAGCUUCUUCCGUGGCUGGCUGUGCAGGCGACGCUGGAAGCAGAUUGUCGAGCAGUACAUCAAAAGUCCACACGCCGAGAGCAUGAGGAAGAGGAACAGUUUGGUGUUCCAAAUGGUCGAAGCGGAAGAGGAGUACAACGAGCAGAUGGAGGUGCUGGUCAGCUGUUUUCUGAGGCCGUUCAAAAUGGCCGCGAGCUCGAAAAAGCCGCCCUGCAGUCACGAAGACGUCAACAGCAUAUUCCUCAACACGGAGACCGUAUUAUUUCUGCACCAGAUAUUCCUCAAGGGCUUGAUCUCCCGCAUGGAAAGCUGGCCAACCUUGGUUCUAGGGGAUCUUUUCGACAUGCUGCUUCCCAUGCUGUCGAUUUACCAAGAGUACGUUCGCAAUCACCAUUACAGCCUGCAAGUGUUGACCGAGUGCAAGCAGUCGCCGCCCUUUGCAGCUCUGCUGUCACGACUCGAGAGCAAGAGCUCGUGCCACGGCAGGACUCUCGAGAACUUUCUCACCUACCCAAUGCACCAGAUACCCCGGUACAUAACGACGCUGCACGAGCUGCUGGCCCACACUCCGCACGACCACGUGGAGCGCAAGAGCCUGCAGAAUGCCCGUCAACAACUCGAGGACCUCUCGAGACAAAUGCACGACGAGGUCAGCGAGACGGAAAAUUUGCGCAAAAACUUAUCCAUCGAGAGAAUGAUCGUCGAAGGCUGUGACAUUAUACUCGACGUCAACCAGGUCUUUGUACGGCAAGGACAAUUGAGGCAAAUUUUAGAGAAAUCAAAGGGCGCUCGGAGUCUAUUGAGUGCGACGUUUGGCGGAAAAAGCGGCGACAAAGAGUCAAUCAGGCAAUGCUUUCUUUUUUCGAAUCAUUUGAUACUAACGACGCGACAGAACGACGACGACGGCCGCCUCAGUUUAGUACCACAGAUCGGAAAAAUACCUCUAUCGGAUGCAGUUCUGAUUGAAGACCCGAGUGAACAAAAUGCAAUUGAUGACGAUGCACAAUCUGUCUACUCAAUAUUCAGCGAAAGCAGUGGAAGUGGAGGAACACCAGGUUCUGGUAACGCCGUUCCACUGCAAAAUCGUGAUUUCAAGUUUAUUUUGAAAACGGGAGGAGAGAAUCGACAGGUCACGAUUCACCUGGUUGCACCUACAAUGCAGGAAAAAGCUGCAUGGAUAAGCGACAUCAGCCAGUGCAUGGACAACGUACACUUCAAUGAGUUACUGCACGGUUCGUUGUCAGACACAAGUUCUGUGACGAUGCCGCAGUCCAUAAAAAACGACCCAAAGCUCUUUAACGACGACGUAGAUAUACGCUUCAGCAGCACGCUCAACUCGUGUAAGGUGCCCCAGAUACGCUACGCGACGCCCGAGAGGCUACUCCAGCGGCUCACGGAUCUACGAUUCCUGAGCAUUGAUUUCCUCAACACGUUUCUGCUGACUUAUCGAGUGUUUACCGAUGGUGUCACAGUCCUUGAUGCACUUAAAAAGGUUUUCUACGAUGCGGAGCCUCCUGACGCUCAGAAUCAAGGUGGCUCUUUGGCGUCCUUGGACGUUUCGGGGCUAAAUGUGGCAGAGCCGACGCAUUCCUUGGAUGAUCGGAGGAGUAGUUCGACGCCGAGGAGAAUAAGUGGAGCUAGCUCAGUUUCUGGGUAUGGUUCUGAAAUAAGCGAAAGCCGAGAAACAGCUGGUAGCAGUGGCUUUGAAUCUGGUACGAGCACCAGUGCUUCCAAUGUGAAACCUUACAGUCGGAUGGGUUACAAAAAACACGAAGAUCCACAAUUGAGCCAAAUCUCGGAGACCCCAACGAUAGUCAAGGGAACUCCAGGCUAUCCAUCGUCAAGCAUUCCAGGUGAAACUCAAUCCCCAGUCAAUUUACGAAGGGUUAGCAUCCGCGUUGGUGAAAAUACCAGUUCCGAAGAUGAUGGCUGCCACUUGACUAUUCCCCAAGUAAUAGCCGUAUCCUCCAGCUCAGAAACUCUGACAGAUAUUGCAGCAGUGAGUGCACCUUCAUCUCCAAGUAACUUGAGUUCCGUUACUUUGGUCGGUUCUACUGGGUCUGGCUCUGGUUCUGAUAAGAGUCCUCAAGACGUAGGUGAAACCCCGUACUACCGAAGCAUUUCCGAAGAGACUGAUGACACUCCGGUAGCUACCAAAGAUAACAUGAAAGAUGGAGUGCAUUUUUGGUACAAAGAAAUAUGUCCACCGUCACCAAAAACACCAAAGGUCGACAAUACGCGCAAGCAAUCGCCUUGUCGUCAAACUCGCGGUCGAUUGGAGUCUGAUAAGGAUGAGAACAGCUGGACUGACGAGGAAACGACACCACGAGCCGAAUUUUUUCAGCCUUUACAGGGCCAUGAUAAUCAUCAUCAUCCACAUUAUUCAGACCACAGACCAUCAGUUGCCUCUACCCUACCUUCAACUUCGAGAAGUGGUUCAAUAUCAACAAUUGCUGGGAAUUAUUGGUCCAGUAGACGUUCCAUCCAAGAAUGUGAAAUGAGCGGACAGCAGGGAUCUCACACCCACGACAUACCGCAAUCGUCCAGUAAAGCUGGGGUGGUUGUAACAAGCUUCCGACGAAGUAAUCGAAGCAUUGGACCUGACUCUAUCUGGAGCAGUACAUCAUCUGCAGCAACGGCCUUUGCGAUAGCCACGUCAGCUUCAAGUAAUCCGCCUGAUCGUGUACUAGAUAACAAUCGUGCCUCUUGUCGCGAAAAAAAUCGUCGACGAGAGUCGGUGAUGUCAACAGCUGCGACCAUGCGAGUCCUCAACGUAUUGAGGCACUGGGUCUCAAAACAUGCUCAGGACUUUGAACUGGAUCACAAGCUUAAAAGCUUGACAAUAGAGUUUCUCGAGGACAUUAUAUACAGCCCGAAUCUCUUACCGGCAGAGCAUAAGGCAGCUAGUCAGCUUCUGAGACUGAUCACCAGAGAGGAAGCUGCUUUCAAUAAAAUCGAUCUUAGGAAACUGUUGACUCCGCCGACGACAUCAACUAAGGAAAAUAUUGAGACGCUGUCUGCGCUGGAAAUAGCUGAACAGAUGACUUAUUUAGAUCAUCAAAUUUUUAUUUCGAUCGCUAGCGAAGAAUUCUUGGGUCAAGCAUGGAUGAAGGCAGACAAAUCAACAAAAGCUCCCCGCAUAACGUUACUGACGAAAAGAUUUAACGAAGUUUCUCAGCUUGUUGUCUCUGAAAUAGUUCGCAGAUCAAGCUUGCAAGCUCGAGUUGCCGUGAUCGAAAAGUGGACGGCCGUGGCUGACAUAAACCGAGUGAUGCACAACUAUAAUGGAGUUUUGCAGAUUUGUGCAGCAUUUACUAACAGUAGUGUCUAUCGGCUCAAAAAAACUUGGGAAAAAGUGUCAAAAACGACGAAACAAAUGAUCGAAAGAUUACAAAUAAUUGUUUCAUCAGAGCACAGAUUUAAAAAUUUAAGGGAUGCCUUGCACCGAUGCGAUCCACCUUGCAUUCCCUACCUUGGCAUAUAUCUCACUGAUCUGUCGUUCAUAGAAGAAGGCACCCCCAAUUUUACAGAUGAUGGCCUUCUGAAUUUUUCCAAGAUGAGAAUGAUUGCUCACGUGAUACGCGAAAUACGACACUUUCAGCAAACUCCUUAUAAAAUCGAGAUUAGCAAAAAGGUCGUACAUUACUUGUUGGAUCCUUCACUUCUGCUCGAAGAAGACGAGUUGUACCGUUUGUCUUUGGAGAUCGAGCCAAAGACCACGAGACUUAGCAGCGCGACGUUAAUAGGUCUUCCGCCCAACAUAGGUGCAAAUCUAAGGAAAGAUUCAUGAGAGUAAUAAGAAUAUAUAUGCAACGUAUAUUACUUCUGAUUUUAUUUUCAUAAUUUUUACGCUAGAACUUUGAUAGUGAGAUUUUGCUUUACAAUUAAUAUUCCUUUUCUUUACAUUUACCUUUUGACUAAUGAACCCCUAGUGGAUAUGUAUGUAUCUAUUUUUUAAUAUUCACGUCGAUCGCAGAAUUGAGAAAUCUAAUAUUUAUCUGUACAAAAAAUUUUAAUAGAAAUAGUGAAUGCUGAUUGAUACAAUAUUUAUUAUGUGUUUUGGAGAUUAGUACUUUCAGAUAUUAAUAAUAAACUCUAAAGAUAAUUGUUACAAAAAUUUUGUUCAAAGUGCCAAACACAAGCAGCGCAUUUUUAAAAUCAAUUAUCAACUUCCUGAAUAUUACGUUUAAUGAAACUUUACUAUUUACUGCUGGUCAGUAUAAAAAAAAAUUAAUAAUAAUAACAAAUUAACGGGAAGUAUUUUAUAGAUGAGAAUGGAUGGGCUCAUGAUAUCGAUGAAU